AUUUCGGGAAGAUGGCGGCGCUGCGGAUGACGGGGGGCCGGGCUGCUGCUGCUGCUCUGCUGAGACCCGGGCCCAUGGGGCUGGCGGGCCCCACCGCGGGGUAUCACAAGAAGGUUUAUAAAUUUCAGGUUGAUGAAGCCUUGAAGAUCAGAAAUACUGAUAUUGCUAAAGAGCUCUGCCUUCCUCCAGUUAAACUACACUGUUCUAUGCUAGCUGAAGAUGCAAUCAGGGCUGCUCUGGCAGAUUACAAGUUGAAACAGGAUCCUAAGAAAGAAGGGCCAGAGAAGAAAGCAGACAAAGCCUAAACCUGUGUGAGACUGUAACGCUUGCUUUCUCAUUCCACUGAAAUGUACAGUGCAAUUACUUUAGAUGUUCGAGAUGAGAACCAGUGCAGUACUAAAUGAAGCUGUAAGACGCACAAUGUUUCACUGUUCCACGUGUAUUAAACCACCGUUGUGGUGCUCAAAUUAC